UCGCAUCUAAAUUACGUAAAAUUAGAGCGUUCAGACUGUCGUUCUUUUGUGCAUCUGUCCAUAUAGCUGGCUACGGUACUUUAAAAAUGGGAUUUCUUCGUUCCUUUUGCUAAUUGGAGCCAAAGUAUGUGAUGAUUCUGUGAAUAUGGAUUGGCGGAGUACUUAGCCAGAUGCAGAUAGACUGUGUGUACAUGCAAAAUGAACAAAGGGUGGCUGGAACUCGAGAGUGACCCGGGGCUGUUCACGCUCUUGGUGGAGGAUUUUGGUGUGAAGGGGGUCCAGGUAGAAGAGAUAUACGACCUACAAAGCAAGUGUCCAAGUCCAGUCUAUGGCUUCAUCUUCCUGUUCAAGUGGAUUGAGGAGCGAAGGUCUAGGAGGAAAGUCUCAACCUUGGUGGAUGAGACGUCUGUCAUCGAUGACGACAUCGUUAAUGACAUGUUCUUUGCUCACCAGCUCAUCCCCAACUCCUGUGCCACCCAUGCCCUUCUGAGUGUGCUUCUGAAUUGUAGUGGGGUUGAGUUGGGCACCACUCUCAGCCGCAUGAAGACCUUCACUAAAGGCUUUGGUCCCGAGAGUAAAGGCUACGCCAUUGGAAAUGCCCCAGAGCUGGCUAAAGCACACAACAGCCAUGCCAGACCGGAGCCCCGGCACCUGCCGGAAAAGCAGAACGGGAUCAGCGCCGUGCGGACCAUGGAGGCUUUCCACUUCGUCAGCUACGUGCCCAUUAAAGAGCGUCUGUUUGAGCUGGACGGCCUCAAGGCCUACCCCAUCGACCACGGGCCGUGGGGAGAGGAGGAGGAGUGGACGGACAAGGCACGACGAGUCAUCAUGGAGAGGAUCGGCUUGGCCACGGCUGGAGAGCCCUACCAUGAUAUCCGCUUCAACCUGAUGGCAGUGGUCCCUGACCGCCGGGUGAAGUAUGAGGCCAAACUGGAUAUCCUGAAGAGAAACCGACAGACAGUUCUCGAGGGGCUACAGCAGCUGAUCCGGGUCACCCAGCCAGAGCUUGUUCAGGACAGGAAGCAGCAGGACUCCUCCCCCUCAGAGAACACUACCCCUGCUAUCAAGAGAGAAGAACCAGAUCCCGCCCCUGUUACAUCACAGAGGGCUGAGCAGACUCCUCCCACAGACGCUGCGGAGGGUGUGGGGCCCCAGUCUCACUCGGCCCCCAGCCCCUCGGGCAAAGCCAAACCCAUGAGCAAACCAGACGCCCCGCCGGGGGGGCUCUCACAGCCCGUCACCAGCUCCGCGACAAUCGUUCCGCGCCUGCCGGCCUUCCUGGACAACCACAACUAUGCCAAGUCCCCUAUGCAGGAGCAGGAGGACCUUGCGGCCGGGGUGACUGGUGUGGGUCGCCCCCGGGUGCCCGGCGCUGCCAAACCCACGUACUCCGAUGAUGAGGACUACGAGGAUGACGAGGAAGAGACUGGUACAGCAGCAGGGACUCCCGGCAGGUUCAGGCGUAAAGCAGGGCUGCGGUCCCGUACGAGCCGUGUUCCAGCCUGCGGCAGCAUGGAGAGUCAGCUUGCGCUCAGUGUCCUGGCCGAGAAGCUCAAGAAGGAAGUCCAGAGGAAGGAUGUGCUCGCCACGCCCCUCUCCGUCCGUACCGAGGGACGCACAGGGGGCAUCGUGAUCACCGCUGCCUCGCAGCCCUCGCCCACGCCCAGCAAUGAGAGCACCGACACGGCCUCGGAGAUUGGCAGCGCCUUCAACUCGCCACUGCGCUCCCCGGCCCGCUCCCAGGUAACCACACGGCCCUCCAGCCCUGUGGCGUCCCACCUGUCCCGAGUGCUGUUCGGCGAGGACGAGGGCCUGCUGAGGCUGGACGCCAGACACAACCGGGCUGUCCGAGAGCUGGGUCCCUCCGUCAGCACCGCCCUGCUGCACCUCCGGGACGAUGGGGUUAUAUAUGCCGUACCACCACCCGGUGAGGAAGGAGCUGAUGCACUUCCCGAGGGGUUGAAGCAGGAGAAGGCCGGGGUGUCGGAGAAGCUCAGAGAACAGGGGGCCGGCCCGGCGGUAGAGGGGGACGUGGUGAAGGAGGAAGGGAAGGAGGGACCGUCACUGGUGAAAGAGGAGGAGCGCAAAGACUCCACAGAGUCCAAACCCAGCAAAGAAAAGCUUAGUACGGAUUCUGUUGGAACCAACAAGCCCUCAGGGGAGAAGUACUCUCCUAAAGAGCUGCUUGCUCUGCUCAAGUGCGUGGAGGCCGACAUUGCAAACUACGAAGUGUUUCUGAAGGAGGAGGUGGAGAAAAGGAAAAAAUACAAGAUCGAUGACCAGAGGAGAACCCAUAAUUAUGAUGACUUCAUCUGCACCUUCAUUUCCAUGCUGGCCCAGGAGGGCAUGCUGGCCAGUCUGGUGGAGCAGAACAUCUCUGUGCGCCGUCGUCAGGGCGUGAGCAUCGGCCGUCUGCACAAACAGAGGAAACCAGACCGCAGGAAACGCUCGCGGCCCUACAAAGCCAAGCGCCAGUGACACCCAGGGGGUCCUCGCUUGGGGCCACUGAGCACCGAUCACAGCUGAGAGAAGGCGAAAAACCCUUUGCUGGACUCACGAGGCUGACCUGUGACAUCAGGGAAAGAAGGACUUAUUCAUGUUGUGGUGUUUUUAGUAUCGGUAUCAGCCCGACGUUUCAUGCAAGCGGACCAGUUGAUUAGUUUAACCAAAUCAUGUAUGUGAGAGGAAAGUAAAUGUUUUUAGUCAGAUGUAUGUUAGAAUGCGCCCCAAAUUUAGGGACCCAUUUGUUGUUUAAAGGACCUCUGUCUGUGCCAUCACGUUGCGUACGGGUCCUGUUCAUCUUGGCACCCGUCGUCAGGAAAUGUUUUGUAACCGAAGACAGAAGUGAGUGUUGGCAGUUUUGUUUUGAUGCCUAAUGAACACAACUUCGAUGUGGCUCAACUGCUCGAAUGGGAAUUGAUCCAGAUUUGAUGUACCGUGUUUUUCCAUUGAGCAAGGCUGGUUCACCGCCAUUUGCUUGUUUGUAUCAUGCUUCGACAGUACUGUGAGUGUCUCAGACGAGGCCGGUUUCCUACUUGGUGCGCAAAUUUUAGGGCCCAUAACGGUCUGGUCUGUUUGGGGAGUAAGGCGUGUUCUGGAAGUUUCUGUUCCAUUUGGGAUUUGGCCUGUAUCUCGUUUUGAGUUCCUGUAAAUGUAUGGAUGAAAAUGUACUCAUCUUUUUAUUUCUAUUUGUAAAUGAUCGCUAAAUGGAGAUUCUAACUGUUGAAGAUCAUCGUGUGUGUGUGUGUGUGUGUGUGUGUGUGUGUGUGUGUGUGUGUGUGUGUGUGUGUGUGUGUGUGUGUGUGUGUGUGUGUGUGUGUGUGUUUUGUACAUAUCUGUUUGUCUGCUCAGGAUUAGUGUUGUUUUUUUUAAUCCUAGUUACAUGAAUACUACAAUAAUUGCAUUAUUGACCUCACUAUUCACCAUGUCUUGAGGUGAAUAUUCCGUGGCACAAAUUUAGUAAUAAUAAAAAAAUAUUGGGCCUGGCU